AAAGGUGCAAGGGACUUGCUCACAUCAAGCACCUGACUGGGGACCAAGAAAAUGAACGUUUGUCUCCACAUUUACCCCAGCAAUCCAUGAGAUCAAGGCACUGACAGAAAGGAUGUUCAAACAUCUUCGAAGAUGGUUUGUCACUCAUAUAUUUGGGCGUUCGCGGCAACGAGCAAGGUUGGUCUCCAAAGAUGGAAGGUGUAACAUUGAGUUUGGCAAUGUAGAUGCACAGUCAAGGUUUAUAUUCUUCGUGGAUAUCUGGACAACUGUGCUUGACCUGAAAUGGAGGUACAAAAUGACCGUGUUCAUCACAGCCUUCCUGGGAAGUUGGUUCCUCUUUGGUCUCCUGUGGUAUGUAGUAGCGUAUGUUCAUAAGGACCUCCCAGAGUUCUAUCCACCUGACAACCGUACUCCUUGUGUGGAGAACAUUAAUGGCAUGACUUCAGCCUUUCUGUUUUCUUUAGAGACUCAAGUGACCAUAGGUUACGGAUUCAGGUUUGUGACGGAACAGUGUGCCACUGCCAUUUUUCUGCUUAUCUUUCAGUCUAUUCUUGGAGUGAUCAUCAAUUCUUUCAUGUGUGGUGCCAUUUUAGCCAAGAUCUCUAGACCCAAAAAACGUGCAAAGACCAUUACAUUCAGCAAGAAUGCGGUAAUCAGCAAGCGUGGCGGGAAGCUCUGCCUCCUCAUCCGAGUAGCGAAUCUUAGGAAGAGCCUUCUGAUUGGCAGUCACAUAUAUGGCAAGCUUCUGAAGACAACCAUAACUCCUGAAGGAGAGACCAUUAUUUUGGAUCAGACCAAUAUCAACUUUGUAGUUGAUGCUGGCAACGAAAAUUUGUUCUUCAUCUCCCCACUGACAAUCUACCACAUUAUUGACCACAAUAGCCCUUUCUUCCACAUGGCAGCAGAGACGCUUUCCCAGCAGGACUUUGAGCUGGUCGUCUUUUUAGAUGGCACAGUGGAAUCUACCAGUGCAACCUGCCAGGUCCGCACAUCUUAUGUCCCAGAAGAGGUGCUUUGGGGCUACCGUUUCGUCCCUAUUGUAUCCAAGACCAAGGAAGGGAAAUACAGAGUGGAUUUCCAUAACUUUGGUAAGACGGUGGAAGUGGAGACCCCUCAUUGUGCCAUGUGCCUCUAUAAUGAGAAAGAUGCCAGGGCCAGGAUGAAGAGAGGCUAUGACAACCCUAACUUUGUCUUGUCAGAAGUUGAUGAAACAGACGACACCCAAAUGUAGCAGUGACUUUUCCAUCCACAAAAAGCCUCUGAAGGACCUAAAGGUUAGCUGUGUUCAGAAGCAUCCGGCAGUUGGGGGUCUGAAAGCAG